GCAAUCACAAAGUAAACAUACUUUGCAUGAGUGACGGGUAUUUGUAAAUAUUGCGGAUUUCGACAUUUCUGUUACGGUUUUGUUCGUCCUGUCGUUGUACUGUAAUGUCAGGCAGGGAUGGUUAGCCUUACCAGAAGUUUUAACACAUCGACUAGCGGAGGAAUAUUUUUCAAUGACAACUCAGUGUCAGAAGAUGACGCUCAGCUGCUGCAGCCAGCUGCCGGUUCUAAUAGGCGUGACAACUUCGCACCCCUAAACACAAUUCUGCUCUCUGCGUUUCAUCUGUCCGUUGCUGUGGGCGUGUUUUUGGUGUCAGUGGUGCUUAGUGCAGUGAAUGAUACCAGCAAUCGACACUGCUUGUCAUAUUUCAUUGUGCUGUAUUUGCAUGCACUGUUUUGGUGUAUAUCAUGGAUUUUGCAUCACUUACUUAAAAAGAAACACGAUAGCCUAAAGAUCUAUGGCUACCUUGAUUUUUAUAAGGAAACAGAAGAUCAGUUCAGACUUCCUCAUCAUGUGGUUUCUGCAUGGAGUGUGCUGCUGCUCGUCGUUGAUUCACUGCUUCAUCAACUGUAUCCAGACAUGGCAGCUCACUGUGAAUCAGGAGGACUUGUCCGACCCAUUGUAUACCUCGUUAUACUCUUAUCACUGGAGACCAUUGUACUGGUUAUCUGCAUUGGCAGUUACAUAAGAAAGGUGUACAACUUUAACAAGAAAUGUCCUCUACCUGAUGCGCAGCGUGAUGAAUGGCUGUUACAAAGAGAAACAGGACAACGUAGUGCUUCAGAAGUUGGUUACAGGAUACACAGUGAUCAUCUGCAAGAUCUUCUAGAACGCCAGGCAGAUGUAAUAACACACCUUCGUGAGCACAAUGCUCGCUUGAGCCGCAAAGUGAUGGCUCUUUCUUCACGAGCAAAUACCAGUCAUGAUUAGUUACUCUCAUUUUUUCUCCUAUUUUUUAAACUGUAAAAUAUUAGCCUACAAUUUUGUAUGACCAAAGUAUAUUUUAGUAGAGAAAUCUGUAUGACUGUUUACAUUGACUGACUUAAAUAUUUAUGACUUAUGUGUUUGGUUUUAGAUUUUUGUAAAUAUAAGAAAGAAAUUUAUCAUCAGAUAUUAACUUUGGGAAAUGAUGAUGUUCCUAUUUUAUGGUUAGACACUUUGAACAAUGUGUAAAUGAUAAAGGACAGAAAUUUUGUAACAAUAAAUAUUUUGUGGUAAGAAAUUUUGGAUAUGAAGAAUUUGCCUUCAUUGUUCCACUAGUGAAGGAAUUAUUGCAAGCUUGCAGCUGCAUGGCUGCUACAUUUUGUUAGGUUACAUGUCAACCAAGCAGCUUCUUUAUGUUUUCAUAUAUAUUUUAUUAACAUGUAAUAUAAUAGCAUUAAUAACCAGAAGAUAUUUAAGUAACAUAACAUUUAGUGUGUUCUACACACAUAUCAGAUCAAAACCCCAUCCUCUGGAAAAUAUGAAACUGAGAUUCUUACUGCUGAGCACUCUUUUCAAGAGACAAGUGGCUUGACAUAUUUAUGUCAGCAUUGCCCACAGAUUGAUUUAGUUAUCUUCUAUAUUCAAAACAUCCCCCUAAUCUGUUGACAGCAAAACAUUCUGAAUAUUGGAUAAAACUUUUUGACUUUAAAACCCCACUGAACAUCUAUGUCAGAACAGUCAGUAGAUAGGUAAUUUUAUUUUCUUCUGUUCAGCUUGUUUGUGACUCACGCAUUAUAGAGUAAUGGGCUAGUGCAUUUUAUAUGUUUCAACUGGAUUUAUUCAUGGAUACAAUUGUGUGUGUAAGUGAGACUUCAAUAUUUUGUCAUAUGGAAAGUUUUUGUGGCCAACAAAUAUGUCUUGGAAAGCAAGAAAUGGUUGUUACUAUUGCUUUCCAAACAUUGAAAACUAUCUUCAAAUUAACAGGUGACACAUGAUUAAAUGUAUGAUGGGACUGUAGUUUGUUUUCUCUUUCAGCUUUAAUGUCUCUUUUUUAUUAUUA